AUGACCAACAGUUCAAAAGUUGCGAUGCUGGGUAUGUCUGGGUGUCUAGCCAAGGUCGCGACUCUCACUAACCACCCUUCCAGGCACCUUGUUGCUCUUGCCAUGGAGUCAGAUCCGACAAAUCCGCUGUUUCUCUCGCCAGUAGGUGACUCCCCAACGCACAUCCUAGACGUCGGAACCGGCAAGGGCACUUGGGCGACCACUGUUCGGGGAGUAGAUCUUUUCAAAACUUCCCGACGACGAAACCUGGCUUCCGAAUACAGAGAAGAGUCGACUAAUGGAAAUCCCGCUUCUGUGGAGGCUGUUGCUGCCGCUGAGCCUGUUCCUGCCAAUUGGCCUGAUGCUACCGAUUGGCCUGAUGCUGCUAUCGACGAGCCUGCUGCUGCUGAGGACUCCCCGGCUAAAUUCCGUCCGACCGAAGUUUCGCUUGAAGAUGUAGCUCUAUAUCAGAACUGGAAGAGCAUGUCCUCAAAGAAGAGGGCUAAACGAACACGAACUCUUGUAGCAAGGGGUCUUCCAAUCCCAGGGAAGGAUGGCACAAUUUCCAUCUUCGUGGUGUGA